GGGAGGCCAUUCGGGAGCUGGAAAGGGCGCCCGGCCCCUUCCGGCUGGGCCUUGAACCAGCCUGCCUGUUGUGCGCUCACAUGCUUCCAUUUCCCCUGCAGACCCAGCAUGGCCGCCCAAGGAGAGCCCCAAGUGCAGUUUAAGCUUGUCCUGGUUGGUGAUGGGGGUACUGGCAAAACAACGUUUGUAAAACGUCAUUUGACUGGUGAAUUUGAAAAGAAGUAUGUAGCAACACUGGGUGUUGAAGUUCAUCCUCUGGUGUUCCAUACCAACAGAGGUCCCAUUAAAUUUAAUGUAUGGGACACAGCUGGCCAGGAGAAAUUUGGUGGUCUGCGAGAUGGCUAUUACAUUCAAGCUCAGUGUGCCAUCAUAAUGUUUGAUGUAACAUCAAGAGUUACUUACAAGAAUGUACCUAAUUGGCAUAGAGAUCUGGUACGAGUAUGUGAAAAUAUCCCUAUAGUGUUGUGUGGCAACAAAGUGGAUAUUAAGGACAGAAAAGUCAAGGCAAAAUCCAUUGUCUUCCAUAGGAAGAAGAAUCUCCAGUAUUAUGACAUUUCAGCUAAGAGUAACUACAACUUUGAGAAGCCUUUCCUCUGGCUUGCUAGAAAGCUAAUUGGAGAUCCUAACUUGGAGUUUGUUGCCAUGCCUGCUCUUGCACCCCCAGAAGUUGUUAUGGACCCAGCACUGGCAGCACAGUAUGAGCAAGACUUACAGGUAACUGAGAAAUGGGCAGUCACUUUGUGUCUGUGGCCUUUGUCUGAUACUAUGGGGCGAACAAGUGAAGAACAAUUCUUAAAUGUAGCUUUUUUUCUUUCAGAUUGCUCAAACCACUGCACUGCCAGAUGAAGAUGAUGACCUGUGAGGGAUGAAGCUGGAGCCCAGCGUCAGAAGUCUAGUUUUAUAGGCAACUGUCCUGUGAUGUCAGUGGUGCAGCGUGUUUGCCACUUUAUUAUCUAGCUGAGCAGAACAUGUGCUUAAUCUUUGGGAUGCUGAAAGAGAUGAAUGGGCUUCGGAGUGAAUGUGGCAGUUUAAAAAACAAAACAAAAAAACUUCAUAUUUUGGACCUGCAUAUUUAGCUGUUUUUUGGACUGCAAUUACUUCCCCUUUGAGUUUCAAAUAUAAGACUGCUGCAGUCACAUCAGAGUAUUAAGUGGUAAAUCUUGUUUCUGUCAUUCCCAUUCUUUUUUUUUUGUUUAGAUAAUAAAGUUGUAUUUCAAAUAUC